AUGUCCGCGGGUUCGAUCCCCGGCAACGGCGGAUUAAGAUUCCGUGGCAACAACUCCCAACCUCGAGGGAUCAUCGGUGUUGAAGAUGGAAAAGUCGCAAAAAAGAUCAAGCAUGUCUGCUUGCAGACUGGAACCAAGCACUAUUUAGGACCUUCCUCUAAUAUGAUUGGCUUACAAGUCAACGAGCCACCGUUUACAGAAGAUAUGCCGAGGAUACAUGGAAUAUCAAAUUUUUACACGCAAGAGGAUAUCCUUUGGGAGGCAUGCAAAGCUGCCAAUCUGACUUGGUCUGUUCAUCGUGCGAAUAUCAUCAUCGGAUUUGCACCUAGAGACUACGCUAACAUGUUGGGACGUUUAGCAGUGUGUGCUGCAAUCUGCAAGAAAGAAGGUCUCAACUUCGUCUUCCCUGGCGACUUGAACAAAUGGAACAGCUUCACGAAUUUAUUGGAUGCGGGCUUGAUAGCCGAGCAAGAGUUGCAUGAAUCCAAAUGCUCAUAA